CACGCCCCUUAGAAGGGAUAAAAGGGAGACUUGCUUGCCCUUCCUCAUUUUCUCUCUACCCCUCCCACUACCAACAAGACGAAGAAGCUGGUCUUCCUCGUGCAAGCCAAUCACUGAGGUCACUAUUCCCGCCUUCUCUCUAUAGCUUUACCUCUGCAAAUAAAACGAAGAAGCUGGCCUUCCUCAUCUGAUUCAAUCUUUCAAAACCCCCUCCCCAUUUCUUUCACAAUGCUCUCUCUCUCGACUCACGCGCACCGCCAGCUGGUUCUGGUUGUUCUCCUCCUGCUCUCCUCCACGCUCUGCAGCCUCCACGCCAUUUCCGCGAUGCCGAUGCCACCAGGGCCUCAGAGCAACGGCAACACUGAGGCCCGCUCACAGGAGCGAGCCCUUCUUCACCGAGGACAUGAAAAUGGUAGUCCAGGACUACUAAGCGAUUUGGCAGCAUCCGGCGUUGACUGGAAGCCAUCCGGCUAUUUGAAGAUGAGGAAAUCUAACGACGAAAGUGAUCAUCCGGUUCAGGAUCACUUGAAACCUCUCGGUGGCACCAAAGCAGGCCUCAAUGUAGACCCAGCGUCGUCGUCGAAGAAAUGGUGGAACAAGUGGCGGAACGCGGUAAAGUCAAAGCUUAAGUCAAAGUCUGACAACAUUAGGAUCGAACAUAGCAACAGGCCCGGCCAACAUGGUGCCGCACCUCUGUUGCACAACUGGGAUCAGCAACAGCACCUGAAGCCGGAGCUAAAGCCGGAGCCAGAGCCGGAGCCAGAGCCGGAGUCAAAGCCGCAUUCGCCGCAGCACCAAAGAACAAGCUUGAGCGAUCUUCUCGAAGCCGAAAAGGUGUUUGACACCAUUGACGAGGAAUCACUCAACUUUGUAGGACAGCACACCCCGCAUAAUUCGCCCGAGCCUGAGUACACCAUUAGUCACGGCUCUCACAGCUCACAUAGUUCGCCCAAACUUAGGUUCACCAGUCGUCACAGCUCCUCAAAGCAUAGAGGGGUAAAUUGGGGGGAGGAGCAUCCUCUGCUCGCUGGAACAUUGCGUUCGCACUUCCCAUUGGCGACGUAUUAAGCAGACAAAGCCGCGAUCGAUGGGUCUUCGCCUUGGCCUGGUUCUACCCCUUCCUUUUCCCCUCAUUUUUGAAAUCAGCAGACAUGGAAAUGUCUUUCUCUAGAUCAAUGUGAUACGUGUCACU